AUGAGCAAACGUGGCCGUGGUUCCUGCCCUAACUGCAAUGCAGCGUACUUCAAUCGCUCAAAACCACCACAAUGUGGAAUGUGCGGUCACACGUUAGGAGGAACAUUCGAACCCUCGAGUAAGAAAAUGAAGUAUUCUCCUCAAGCAGUAGAGGUUUGUGAAAGUAUAUUUAGCGUCAAAACCAGCACAAAAGAUGAUCGCUGUUUUGUUACCACCGAUGGUACUAUGUGGUUUUGUAGCGUGGAGGCCUGCAAGAUUGUAAGGUCAGUGUCACACCAGUCAUCGCGCUUGGCCAAUUUUAGUUGCCGUCAUGUAGACGAAGCCAAGGAUUGCACUAAAACUCCGCCAGUUGCUAUUCUGAAACCGGAUUUAGAUAAAUUUGUUGGUAGUGAAAGCCUUAAAAGUUCCUUACAAUCAAUAUUAAAUUCAGCUGCAUGUAUGCAGAAUUGUGUCAUACAGGUGUCUGAUAGAAUGUUUUGUGUGCUGGGACAGACUUCAGCAAGCAAUCCCCUCGGAUACUGUCAUGUCCGCAAAGGGACAAAAGAUUGCGAUUACGUUUGUACAGGAAAAGACUGUCGGGGAUUCGCGGCAAAAGGGAACAGUAAGACGAAAUCAAUGUGUACACACAUAGCUUUGCUACGGUCAUGCUUUGUCGCUACUAGUAACGACGUCAUUUCUUCUGCUGGUGAAUCAUCGACAGUGGUUGGUUCAACAGAUGACGCAGCCGACGAAACGAGCCAACGUAGUUCGACACUGACUUUGGCAGAAAGGGUAAAAGUCCUGCCAUAUGUUCUACCCAGUGAGUUGUUGCAUUCCAUAGCGAAGAGGGAUGCUUCAACAUUACUUGGUGUUGGCGAAGGUUGGCCAAAUAGUUUCAAACCUGAUUUUGGAAAAUGUCAGCUAUGUGGCUCCGAGUUAGGUGACUGCCGUACCCAUCCAGGGCAAUCUCAAGACAACACAUGCUAUCUUAUUACAGAACUUAACCCCUUCAAAGAAGUAAAUAUUAUGGUGAAAAUAUGCUCAUCCCGCGUUUGUUCUGCCAUGCAUCAAGCGUCGGUGGAAAAACUAGGUUUGUUUAACGUCUCCGACAAAGUUUUGGUUUCGCUGGAUAUCCUAUUGGAAUUCAGGGAGUUUUUUAAGAAAGGGCAACCUAUUGGAAAUAUUAUUCAUGCAAAGGUUCAAACUCUGAAAGCCAAAUGCAAGGAGAAUUCUGUCCCGACAGAUAGGGAGAUGGCGUACAUCGAGGAUUUACUCUAUAAUGGUUUUUAUAGUUUUGAGAUGAUAACGGAAAGAAAUCUCGAUGACGUGGUCUGUGGUAUAUGUGGUGUAUACCCUGAAAUAUGUUUGGGCGAUGGCAAUGAAAAAAAUUCUUGCACAAACCGUCAGGUCAACUAUACUAAAGAUGAUGAGGAGCGCAAAGAUAUGGUUCCAUUACAAGAGUUCCUUAAAAAACUUCGACGUCGUUGGCUCGAGAAAACGGUUUAUACAAGAUCAAAGGAUAAGUUUUCAGUCGCGAUAGAGGAACUGCCACCCAUAAUUGCACCUAGUCUCACUGGAACCGCAAUAAACACCGAGACUGAAAAGAAAAGUGUGUACCUUAAGUCACAUCAGCCGACAGGUGAUCCGGCACUCCUACACAAGUUUAUCUCAGAAGGAAAAGUUGAUAUGGAUGUACUUAAAGAAUGCGACGCAAAGUUUAUCAACGAUAUAGCCCUAGCUUGUGGGAUACCUAUAACAGGGAAAUCUAAGCAAUACUUGUGUGGCGUACUGCAUGACUUGUACGGGAGCAUUUUAAUUGGUAACUGUCCAUGUCAUGGUUUUGGGAAAGUGCCCGGACACACAGGUGGAUUUUAUCAUUUGCUUUGCCACCACGGGGCAACAGUUGCGUCUAAAUUUUUGGCGCUGACGGAGUCUGUUAGGGAUGCUGCUGACCUGUACCUGUCUUUGAAACACCCCCCUGUUGUGUUUAUUAAUGACACGCCUUGCGGAUUUGUUCGUCACCUUGAAUGCAGGGAUCCCAAAACAGCCGAAAAGUUGUGGGGAAUGAAUGCUGGGUGUUUUGAAAAGCCUGAAUUAGGAAGAAAACCUAAGGAACACAAAUGUGCCACAGUCGCCACAAGUGCCACAACUGCCACAGUCGCCACAACUGCCACAGUCGACACAACUGCCACAGUUGACACAACUGCCACAGUCGCCACAACUGCCACAGUCGCCACAACUAUCACAGUCGCCACAACUGCCACAGUCGCCACAACUGCCACAGUCGCCACAGUUGCCACAACAACCACUACAUCUUUGUCACCACUACCACCUUUCCAACCACUAGCCUCUCACAAUCACAACAGAAUGUAUGAUUCUUACACAAACAAAAUUAAUAUUUGA